UUUUGGUGUCGGCGAGAGGGGUUUUAUCCCCCGCCUGGAGUUACUCGGGGAAGGUGAGUAUCCCGCCUGGAGCGCGCGUCCUCCCUGCCCUUCCCAUCCCAUCCCUCCAUCAUGCCGCAGAACCUGCUGCCGGUGCUGCUGACCCUGCUGUGCCUCCGGCUGCCGCUCCGUCCGGCCCGGGGCUGCCAGCUGCCCUCGGACUGGAGACCCCUGAGCGAAAGCUGCCGGGCGGAGCUGGCAGAAAUCAUCGUCUAUGCCAAAGUCUUAGCCUUGCACCAGGACAUGUACAGCAUGUACAACUACCUGCCCUGGCAGUACGAAGCCACCGACGGGGGCCUCUUCUACUCCGCCGAGAUCGAGAUGCUGUGUGACCAGGCUUGGGGCAGCAUGCUGGAGGUGCCCGCGGGCUCCCGGCUCAACUUGACGGGACUGGGGUAUUUCUCCUGCCACUCUCACACCGUCAUGCAGGAUUACUCCUACUUCUUCUUCCUCAGAAUGGAUGAGAAUUAUAACCUCCUUCCACAUGGAGUGAAUUUCCAGGAUGCAAUAUUUCCAGAUACCCAGGAAAACAGGCGGAUGUUUUCCAGUCUCUUCCAGUUUUCCAACUGCACUCAAGGGCAACAUACCAUCAUCUCCUCCAGUGACUGGGAGAUACAAGAGGAUAACAGGCUCCUGUGCUCUUCAGUCCAGAAAGCCUUGUUUGAUGAGGAAGACCACGUCAAGAAGCUACAGCAAAAGGUGGCGACCCUGGAGAAGCGCAACAAGCAGCUGAGGGACCGAGUGAAGAAAGUCAAGAGGUCACUUAGACAAGCCCGGAAGAACACCCGACACAUAGAGCUGAUCAACAGAAAGCUUAGCGAGAAGCUGUCCGCAGUAGGAAACCCAAGCCCAUACAUCAACUCCUUCAAGCAAGCAAACUCUCACGCCACAUACCUUAAAGUAUAAUGCCAAGUUUGGUGCUCCAGGCAAAGUUGCUGGUGACUUUGUGAUGUUCACUUGUUUUCCUUAUUUCUUCAUGCAAUCCAAAAAGGUCAUUAUGACUUCAAGGCCCUUGACUGUUUGCGUGGACGCAUAGGGAUGCAUUAAAGUGAUGCACGGAAGUGAUUUGAAAAGGUCCAACUUCUUGUUUGCCAAGGGAUCAUGCGGACAGGAAUAAACUGUAUUCACAGAGUCUUUUCUUUGUCUUCAAAGGCCACAUUUGAGAUAAAAUUAGCAUUGGGCUUCACAAGCAGAUACCAAGGCUGGCCAAGCCUGAGCCCAAUUAAUGGUCACAGCAGCUGGUGCCGAUCAGGACUUUCAGAGCGGGCCAGUGGAUGGGAAGUCAAAGGCAACAGUAGCUGAGGCUGACUGAUUUUGGAUUUCUUCCCUUCUUCUUUGAA